AUGGGGCCAUCUAUUAAGGAACUGCGGCAGAGAUUCGUAAAGCGAUAUUUAAAUAUGCGUCCAGAUCUAUUAGACAGCGCCGACAUAGAUACAGAACUGGAAAUGAGAAGAUUUGUAGUUACCGGCGAUAAAUCAAUAAGCCGUAGGAGACGCAUUUUGAGAGAUUUGUUGAGGCAGGAGAAAGAAGAAGGCUUACCGGAAAUGAUUGUACCGGGAAUACCCGAACAGGAAUUAAUUCUUUGUCGUAAUAGAGUGCUUCAGUUUCAUACGGUGCUAACUACUAGCAAAGUGGCGCCUAAAUAUAUGUAUGCGUUGUUACAUUUAGCGAAUCGGUUAGCGGUGUUAGGUCACCUUUCAGAUUUUGCGGGGAGUACAGAAGCUAUUGAUUUAUUAAAUAAUGUUUGUGAUAAACUUGAUAUUUACUUUAAAACGGAUUCAGCAGAUUCGAAUCCAGAUCAGGAUAUUGUUGAUAAUUUGUUUGACAAGGCAGAGGGAGGAAUAGUAGGAGAUUCGGUUGCCGAACAGGAGGCUAUUGAGUGCUUGAAACGUAUGGGAGUUAUCUCCGGGGAGCUUGAUAGACCAAAUGCGAACGUUUUCCGCGAUUCUUUAAUAGCGUUGGAGAAAGAACUUACCGUGCUGCGAAGUAGACUAUCUUCCUCUGAGCCUUCUGGCACUUCUAAUUUGAGCACGGGGAACAUCGAAACCUACACCGGAACAAUUCCGAAGACAUCAGACGGUGCUUGCAAUCUUAUGAUCGUUACCAGCCAAUACUCGAGGCCUGUAACGACCCCAAUGGUGACGACAUCCAUAUAUACUUCCAAUUACUUACCGAUCCAUACGAGAAAUCAAAAUACGACUCCAUAUCCUCAAAUGUUACCAUCCUAUUCCAGUUUCAGUCAGGCUAACCAUGUAACAUCUUUCCCCCCUACUGAGCUGGAAAAUUCUGUGUUUCAUUCUUCGCAGCAGAUAGCACCAUAUAUUAACCUCACGUCAAAUAGUGCCCAAAGCUCGGCAACUCAUUCGAACGCACUCACAUCUCACUUGCCACCCCCAAUUAAACCGCCCCAAUUACCCCAAUCAAUUGGACAUCCUUCCCAGACUGCAGGCGUAUCUAGACCGUAUUCAUCUGUUGCUGCGCCUCAACCCACGUUCGCGUUCCCCGCGUCAAGCGCAUUUCCACCAGCCUCAUUUGCGAAUCCCUUUGCCUCAAAUAGCACCUCACCUUACGCGUACCCGCCAGAAAGAAACAACACUGUUUCUCACAGAUCCCUCCCCGUCUCACUGUGGAAAAUUGAAAAAUAUAACGGCACAGAUCGUGGUGUCAAACUGAAUGAGUUUCUCGCGUUAGUGGAACAGUUGGCCCAGUCGGAAAGAAUGUCUAAACAUGAGCUGUUCGACUCCGCCUUUCAUCUGUUUGACGGCCCCGCGAAAAGUUGGUACAUGUCCAUGCGACACCCGCACCCAGGGCGAUUAUUCAACUGGCAGCAUUUAAUCUUGGAGCUAAAGCGCAACUUUGCUCAUCCUGAACUAGACAUACUUCUACGUUGCCAAAUUUAUCAACGCCGACAGCAAAGGAACGAGACUUUCCAGGAGUAUUAUUUUGCUAUGGAUAAACUUUUCCGAAGUAUGAUGACUCCGAUGGAAGACCGCGAAAAACUCGAAAUCAUGAAACGAAAUUUGCGCAAUGACUAUAAAAAAUCCCUUCUAUGGCAACCAAUUCUAGAUUUACCUCAGCUUAUACAUGCUGGCCACAUUAUCGAUUCGUCGAACUUCUCGAUGUACAAUCAGGUAUUCGGUCAGGAUCGUACGGUAAAUGCAGUAACCCUUAAUAAUAACCCUACACCCAACCCUGAUAACUCGCGUUCAACUCGUUCAACCCGAAAUCAAAAUGACAAUUGGAAAAAUCCCGCUAGAAAAUCAUCAAACGACAACCCACGACCUACGAAUAGCUAUCGCGAUGCUAGAAACGCCCCCGGACCGAAAUCGAUCUCCCCUAGAGAACCAGAACCGGGACCAUCUCAGUCUCGUCGCCCGAUUGACUAUCUCGUGGAAGGGAUACGAGACCACUCGCUGUCCCUAUUGCCAAAAAAACGGCAGGCCGACGACCGAAAAUCGCCGAACGUCGGAAGAAUCCGCGUGAGAGUCCCUGGUUUUGAACUGAGCUCUCUCGACUAUGAGCCAGUUCUGUCUGAGUGGUAUUCGGGUCGCGCGAAUACCAAUACCACCGAAGUCCUGCAAAUAACCUUCCCAACUAGCUUUGAUAAUCGACCUUACGCCUGGGUCUACGUCCAUGAUCUACGCGUCAAAGGAUUGCUAGACUCAGUCAUUAAGGAUUUACUUGUAGAAUGUUUGUUAGGAAUGACCUUCUGGUCCAAGUUUAAAAUCUACCCUCAGAUUCGACAAUGUGCCCUAUUACAAGAAGAGAGUGACAUUGAAUCGACAGCUCCUGAAUGUAUGCUUACCCCUACAGAAGCCCAGGACCUAGAGAAAAUAAAACUCAUGUUUCAGAUCGCCAAACCGGGAUACUUACCCACGACUCCUGUUACCCAACAUAUAAUCGAGAUUACUGACGAAUGGAAAUCCAAACCGCCAGUCAGGCAAUACCCCUACACUAUGUCGCCAAAAACACGUGAAAAGGUGGUCGCCGAACUUGACCGAAUGCUGAAAGUGGGUAUCAUUGAGCGCUGUCAGUCUGAUUGGUCGCUUCCGGUGGUACCCGUGAUCAAGCCUUCGGGCAAAGUCCGCCUCUGCUUAGACGCACGUAAACUAAACGAACGCACGGUUCGCGAUGCGUAUCCACUCCCCCAUCCGGGACGAAUACUGGGACAGCUACCCAAAGCUAGCUACUUAAGCACUAUCGAUCUAUCCGAGGCGUUCCUUCAGAUCCCUCUGGAGGAACGUUCUCGAAAUUACACGGCGUUCAGCAUUCAAGGUUCCGGGAUGUACCGAUUCACCCGAUGCCCUUUUGGCUUAGCAAACAGUCCAAGUCGCCUGGCCCGAACGAUGGAUUUAGUUCUAGUUAAUGGAGAAUUAGAACCCUUUGUCUUUGUCUACCUCGACGAUAUAGUUGUAGUGAGUGAAACGUUUGGACACCACCUACAACUAUUAGCCGAGGUAGCCAAGAGAUUACGGGAUGCUAAUCUCUCCAUAAACCUUGACAAAUCCCACUUCGGAGUAAAUGAACUGCCAUUCCUAGGUUACCUUCUCUCAACCAACGGCCUACGCGCGAACCCUGAAAAGAUAAAACCAAUCGUCGAGUAUGAACGGCCAACAACUGUAACCAAAUUACGCCGGUUCCUAGGAAUGGCCAAUUAUUAUCGCCGAUUUAUACAGGACUUCAGCGGAGCUACUGCCCCUUUGAUGGAUCUGCUUAAAACUAAGGCCAAGACUAUUUCCUGGACCGACCAGGCCGAAGAAGCUUUUUGCGCGAUAAAAGAAAAGUUAAUCAGUUCCCCAAUCCUCGUAAGUCCGAAUUUUUCAAAAGAAUUUACAAUUCAAACUGACGCCAGUGAUGUAGCUGUCGCUGGCGUCCUUACGCAAGUCCUCGAUGAACAAGAAAGGGUCAUCGCGUAUUUUUCUCACAAGCUUAGUACUCCCCAAAGGAACUACCAUGCUUGUGAGAAAGAAACGCUGGCCGCAAUCCUGUCCAUCGAGGCCUUCCGUGGAUAUAUCGAGGGUUCCCACUUCACGAUAGUGACAGAUUCUUCCGCCCUCACACAUAUUCUCCGUACAAAGUGGAAGACAUCCUCCCGCUGUAGUAGGUGGAGCCUUUCCCUACAGCAAUAUAACAUGACAAUACGGCAUCGGAAAGGAAAGGAUAACGUGGUAGCCGAUGCCUUGUCACGUUGUGUUGCUGUGGUAACGGCUGCUCCUACUUCAGAAUGGUACGAUGAUCUCAUUAAAAAAGUUUCAGAUCAACCUGAUAAUUAUGUUGAUUUCCAAGUAAUGGAUGGCGCCCUUUAUAAAUUUGUAUCAACUCCCAUUCAACCUUACGACCACAGGUUCGAAUGGAAGCUGGUAAUUCCCCCCGAGAGAAGAAAUGCCGUGCUCAAAGAAUGCCAUGAUGAUUUGAUGCAUAUCGGUACUGACAAAACAAUGGCCAAAGUUAGGUUGAAGUAUUACUGGCCGAAAAUGGCCAAGGAUGUGAGGGAAUAUAUCCAAGCUUGCUCUUUGUGCAAGGAAACAAAACCGGCCUGUAUCCCAGUCGUACCCUCAAUGGGUGAACAAAGGAUGGUGACACAUCCCUGGCAAAUAAUAGCGGUCGACUACAUUGGUCCGCUUCCGCGUAGCAAAAGAGGCAAUCAACACCUCCUAGUCGUCACAGACCUCUUUAGUAAAUGGUGCAUUUUGAUACCGGUAAAGAAAAUCAAUAGCACUACACUAUGUACUCACCUUCGGGAUCAGUGGUUCUUCCGGUUCUCAACUCCUGAAUCACUUAUUUCGGAUAACGCGUCCGUCUUCCUGUCCCGAGAGUUCAAAAAUUUUCUCGAACAGUUUGGAGUGCGCCAUUGGUUGAGCUCGAAAUACCACUCUCAAGCCAAUCCGGUUGAGAGAGUUAAUCGAACAAUCAAUGCGGCGAUACGCACCUAUGUUCGAGAAGAUCAGAGACUCUGGGACAGUAGGACCUCGGAAAUUGAAACCGUAUUAAAUACUACGAGACACUCCGCGACCGAAUUCACGCCGUACUUUGUUAUACAUGGCCACGAGGCCUUCGCGAAGGGAUCGGACCAUCAAUGGUUCGGAUCUAACGACGUGACUAUUCCUGAUCAAAGAACCGAACAUCAGAAAGAACUAUUUGAUCAAAUUUACGACCUUGUGAAAACUAAUCUCACCAAGGCACACGAGUCAGCUAAGCAUCGCUACAAUCUGCGCCACCGGCGAAGCGCAAAGCCAUUCGAGGUUGGCCAACUAGUUUAUAAACGAAACACGAAACAGCCCAGUGCAGCGGAAGGGUACAACGCCAAAUAUGGUCCUGUAUACCUGCCGGCUCGAAUAAAAAAACGGAUCGGAACCAGCUCCUAUGAACUGGAAGGGACCGAUGCGAGCCUCUCCUACCAUGUAAGCAGCAAUCUGUUUUUAGCAGCACCUCCUAUCAUGGGUCGUGCGUCUCGUGGUACUUCGGCGUCGGCUGGUUCUUUCUCCGUCUCAGAGGAUUCGAAUGACGUCAUGGAUCCUAAUGUACGAAACCAUUGCACCAAUUAG